AUGAAACAGGCUACAAAAUUUCCAUCCCAGGAAUAUGCAGUGUCCAAUGCCCUUUCCUGCGCUUCCUCUUGCAUCAUGAGGCGGCAAACACGAUAUCGAGUUCUAGCAUGGUUCUCAAUGGUCGCUAUGAUUCUUUCAUUUCUUCCAUUUGCAAUUUUGCCCGAGAUAUCACCGGAGCCCCCAGCCAUCUCACUCCACCGCCCCAAACUAUCACCACCAACGCUCCCAGCAGCAGCAUCCUGCGCCCUUUGCUUCUUUGGUCUUCCUAGAAGCUUUGAGCUAUUUGUGCUACCGUCAAUUAUUGAGAAUAUUCUCAAAACCAACAAGGGGAAUCGAUGCGAUAUUUAUUUUCAUUACUAUGAUGUGAAAGAAGAACAAAAGAAUGUCCGAUCCGGAAGUGGUGGCCAAAUUGACGUGCAAGCGGUUGAGAAGCUUCGAGAGGCAGUCAAAGAUGUCUAUGGCAAUGAUGAUCCGAAUCUACCUUUUGUCUCCAUUAUUAGUGACACCGAGUCGGAAUUCUUGAGCAAACGAGGUCAAUUGAUGGAAAAGUAUCGAAAGACCAAGGCAAAGGAUGGCAAAUAUCUGUACUUUCCAUGGAUGGCCAAAUCCUUUGUUUAUCCCACGAGCAUUGACAACAUUGUCAAGCAGUGGCAUAGUAUUGAUGCGGUAUGGAAGGAAAUGGAACUUGGCGCUGCAAAAUUACAGAAAGAGUACGCCCAAGUGGCCAUGUUGCGAAAUGACGUCAUGUACGUGACACCUUUUGACAUUUACAAUACAUCUCGGACAACGAAACGAGGAGCAUACCACAAAAACAACAACCUAGAUGACUAUGUAGGUGUUCCUGCUUGGGCUCGAUUUCCAAUCAAUGAUCGUAUGAUUUAUGGAUCUUACAAAGGGGUCAAGAUCUGGAGUACGGAACGAUUUCAACGAUUGGAGGAUCAUGUCUUGACUUAUGAACCGGGGUAUGGGAUGCACUCAGAACGAUUCUUGAAUCAUUCCAUCUUUCCCGCCAUUCGAGAUUUGGGAAUCCAAGUGGUGGAGAAUCCGGAUCUAUGCUUUUUUCGGGCUCGAGCGGAUGGGUCAGUAUGGAUCAGCGAUUGUGCCACCAGGAAUGGGGCGGCGAGGGGAUUCCGCAAGAUGGAUACCCAACGCCUAGUGGAGAAUAUUAUUGGUAAAUCCUGCCAAAAGAGCAAGUACAAUCGAGUCACACUUCAAUUGCAUUGCAACAAUGAGCCUCAAAAGAAUAGAUGA